AUGGGUAAAAUACUCACAUACAUACGUCUUUUUCUGGACAACGUGCUAGAUUUUAUCUUCGGAUUAUUUUGGGGGUGCAGUAAGGUGGCCAUUCCAGAUGUGGAAAAAAAGCAUUCAUUUCUAUCUGAAAGCGCUACUAGCUUAGCAAGAAAAAUUAAACAGAAGGAGUUAAAAUCUGAAGAAUUGAUACAGGCGGUCAUUGACAGAAUCAAGCUGGUGAAUCCUCAUUUAAAUGCGAUUACAGAGGAUCGAUUUGAAGAGGCUUUGAAAGAAGCGAGAGAAAUUGAUAGACAACUAGCUUUUGGACCCUCCGAGGAAAUGUUGAAGAAGCCAUUUUUAGGAGUACCUUUCACUACAAAAGAAUGCCAGGCGAUGAAAGGUAUGCCGUUGACAAUGGGAAUCUGGUGUCGCCGUGACGAGAGGGCUACAGAAGAUAGCGAAGGAGUGGAGCUGUUGAGGGCCGCUGGAGCUAUUCCCGUUGCCUGUACUAAUCUGCCAGAGUUGCUUAUUUGGCAAGAAACUCGCAACCCUGUGUACGGUAUGACAAACAACCCGCAUCACACUGGAAGAUCUCCUGGUGGGUCAAGUGGCGCUGAGGCCGCCUUGAUGGCAAGCUACGCUUCAUGCAUAAGCUUGUGUUCAGACGUUGGUGGUUCCACUCGUAUGCCGGCGUUUUACUGCGGGAUGUUUGGACAUCAUCCCACUGCUGGAACUACUAAAACUAAAGGUUGUUUCUAUAGGGAUGGGAAAGAGGAGAGUAUGCUUAGUCUCGGUUUCAUAUCCAGACACGUAGAAGAUUUAGGUCCAUUAACAGGUAUUAUAGCAGGCGACAAUGCGAGUCUCCUGAAACUUGACAGGCAAAUUGAUAUGAAGGACAUCAAAUUCUAUUAUAUGGAAAGCACUAACGACCCACGCGUCAGUCCUUUACGGCAAGAGAUGAAAGACGCCAUGCAAAGGGUGAUACAUAAGAUCAGUGAACAGUUUAACGUAACGCCUCAGCCAUACCACCACAAGGGCUUGGACCAUAUAUACCAGUUGUGGAGUUACUGGAUGUCGAAGGAGCCAGGCGGCGUUUAUUCGAAACUGAUCAAUGAUAACAAAUCUGACACAAAUGGCUUUGUAGAAUUAUUGAAAAAGAUGAUGUGUCUAAGCAACCACUGCUUGUUUACUAUAUUGAGAGUAUUAGAGUUACAAAUCUUUGGAACUCCUCAAAAGGAAUGGGCUGAAGAUGUCUCAAAAGCUUUAAAAGAAGAUUUAUUCUCGAAACUAGGUGAUAACGGUGUGUUGCUCAUCCCGAGUGCGCCUCACGCCGCUCCUUACCACUACUCGUGCUUGCUGCGGCCGUACAACACCGCGUACUGGAUGCUUGUCAAUGUACUUAAGAGUCCAGCUACUCAGGUACCACUCGGAAAAAACGACCAAAAUCUACCAAUAGGCAUUCAAGUAGCAGCAGCGCCGUACAACGACUCGCUUUGUUUGGCCGUCGCUAAAUACCUCGAAGGAGAGUUUGGGGGUGCCAUACCGGCUUGUAAUGUUCAAAAA